AUGAAACUGCCCAAGAGCUUUACCAGGCGGAAAUCGUCCGGCAACGUUCUAGAGGAGGUGGAAUCUCCUCACCAAUCCUCCUUUCGAGUCUUUGAGCGCCCGGGGCCUCAUCGAUCCAUGACGGAUGGAGCAGCCCUGACCAAGCCGCUGAGUGAGGGCAAUACGGUGCCGAUGACGGAGGAUUCUGAUAACAUCUUUGCGGAGAGGGAGCGACCCCUGGACAAGAGCCGGUACGAUCGUCCCUCGACCAUGGAUUCUCUCAGGAGACGGCUGACUGGGAACCAUGAUAGUGGUAACUACGAAAGCUCUACGUCAACCAGGCUAAGCUCGUCAUCCACCCUCCCAUCGUCCACCGAGGUCCCGCCGCCCGAGGAGACCUUAUCCCCGCAUUCCAGAAUCCAUGAUGUUCCAGCUCCCCCACCCCUCACGAGUGCGCUGCGUGCCGCAGGACGGACCUUCUCGUUCGGUGGUCGAUUCAGCAGGUCAGGACCGCAAGUGCCUCGGCAACAAACACCGGAUGCCUCAAAGAAUCGCCCGGUGACGGGCAGCACCGACAGCACGGCCACUCCACCCAAGCUGCCCGAUACAGACUUCGCUCUCGGCUCGCAGGAUGACUUCAACAAGAUGUUCGAUAACCUGGGUGCUCGAGAGGGUUCGGCAACACGGGGGUCAUCCCCUAAUCCGGGCAAGGUAAGACCUGCAAUCGCUCGUCCAGGAAAGGAUGCAGUGCUGACGGAAUCGCAGUAUUCCUCGUCUCCCCCGACGCAUGUUCUGUCCGGGUUUCAAAACAGCAGAGCUGCCGCACCCGCUGCGAUUAAUACAGACCGAUCGACUACUAUCGAGUCACCCCCUUACUCCUGGGAUCGUCGCCCAUCCGAGGAGGGCCUGCUACGUGGCCCGCGUUCUCCGCCGCUGAACCAGAGCCAGUCUACCCUCGAUACAGUUGUUGGUUUCCGGAAGGUUUCGCCGUCUCCCAAUCAGUUUGCCGAGGCUACUACUUCACAUCGUUCCUUAGAGCGCCCGCAGGGAUCGGAAAGGAGAGGACUGCGGAGGAGUGGGAUAUAUUCGGCCAAGGGGGAAUCCGGAUCCUUCGACGACGAAGAUGCCAAAAUGGUUCGACAAUCUGUCUUGUUCAGCAAAGAAAGCACGCCGCCUUGGGCUGAGGGUAGCCCCUCCGGUGGAACCCCAUUGAUCGAUAAGGGCAAAGCACCUAAUUACUCUGGCCAAGUGAACCCAGAACCCGAUAAUAUGUUCCAAUACCGCCGUUCGCCUGCUCCGGCCGAGAGAUUGGACCCCUCCAUUGCGGAUCAUGCACGGUUGGCUGUGCAGUAUGCGGAUAGUCUCCCCAAGUCGUCCUCUCCGGGUAACAAGGUGAUGACUCCAUCUCAGUUCGAGCACUAUCGCCAGCAACAGGAACUUCGACGUUCUAAUAGCAAUGCGACUAAGAGCGAUGAUGAGUCCGACCAUGACGACUUUGACGACGAACAAGAUGAGGUGGAGAAGCAACGGGAGACGGAACGCCAACGACGAAGGCAGGAGGCUCAUCUCUCUGUGUAUCGUCAGCAGAUGAUGAAGAUCACCGGUCAGCAAGCACCCGUGCAAUCGCUACGCCCGGUGAUGAGUGGAGCUAGCAACAGCACGCCCAACUUGCUCCCCAGUCGCCUGUCUGCACUAGGCGAGAAGUCGACCAGUGGGAAGAGCAGCGAGGAAGAGGAUGACGAUGUGCCGCUUGGUAUUCUGGCCGCACACGGUUUCCCUGGUCAAAACCGCCCGCCAACCCGCCUGAACAACGUCAGCUCCAACCCCAACCUUCGUGCAUCCAUGCAACCGCCAUAUAUAUCAUCUUCCAACUCUGUUUCAGGUGCCGACCCGAACGGCAGCCGAGGCAGUCUGCCACCUUUUGCAAGGAACUUGCCACGAGAUCCUUACUUCGGUGCAGGUUUGGUUAACAACGCCAACCGUGAAUCGUUGGCGUUCGGAGGUGGUUCGGUAUAUGGGGGUUCUUCGUCACCCGCACCUCCCCCUGGAGGUCUUGUCGGUGUUAUAGCAAAUGAGGAGCGGGCACGGGCCUUGCGCAGAGGAAGCCCGAAUACACAAGCAAUGCAUGAAAUGGGAGGGGUGCCUCGGCCAUACUCGACGAUGCCGCCACCGCAGCAGCAAAACGUUACCGCCGGGGAACAAGCUUCUAUCCAACUGUCGCAGCAGAUGGCCAACAUGAUGCAGAUGCAAAUGCAGUGGAUGCAGCAAAUGAUGCAAAUGCAAGGUGGGCAAGGUCAACCUAUGAUGCAAGGUAUGCCUCCUAUGAUGAUGCCUGGUGGAGCAAUGGCCAUGCCUCCCAUGGGCCCUCCUUCUAUAUCGGGACCCCAGUCCAUGGCUGGCAACCCGAACUUCCGGCCGAUGUCCAUGCCUGCAACAUCCUUUCUCAAUAUGCCGCCCUCGCUUCCACCCCAAGUCGAUCAUCGCACGAUGAGCAUGCUGGACCCCAACGUUUCAGCCCGUAGGACUGGCUCGCCCAUGCCGAAUCUGUCCGGCAAUUCCUUCCGGCCCAACACCGGAUAUGCCGCUUCAAUCGCUCCGUCGGAGCGCAGUACUGCGGGCAUGGCGCCUCGUUACCGGCCCGUAUCAGUCAUGCAGCCCGAAUCUAAUUACGCGGUAGCAUCCCCAACAAACAAGCCUUUUGGUGACGAAAACCACAACCCGUCCAUGCCGAUACCUCAGUCUCACAUUCCGAAAUCGCAUCUCGCAACUGUGACCGUCCGCCCUGUUUCACGGGAAAAUCAACAGCCCGGUUCCGAGGAUGAAGAUGACGAUGACGAGGCCUGGGCUGACAUGGUGAAGAAACGUGAAAAAAAGAAGAGCAGCUGGAAGAUGAAGCGAGGGACAUCCUCGUUCGGGGAUCUGCUGAGCGCCGUGCACUGA